AAAAAUGCUUUCAGGGUUUUCUUCUUUUUGGUAUUGAUUGAAUUCAUAUUCGUGAUUUACGUGAUACACAGCUCUUCUCCCUGAAACGCGUUACCUUUAUUUCCAACUUUCGUCGUGAUAUAUACAUAUAUUUAUUUAUUUUGGCUUGGAAUUCUGCAAUGGCGAAUCAAGAUGGACCUGUGAUUUUUGACAGCGUGCAUGGACCUGUAACAUUGUCGCUACUCAGCCACGCGAUUAUUGCUACGGAACAAUUUCAACGGCUCAAAAACCUGAAACAGGUUGGAGCCGGUUACUGGGUGUUUCCGGCUGCCAGCAACAAUCGAUACGAGCACUGUAUUGGCACAGCUCACGUAGCCAGGAAAUUGGUGCGACAAUUGGCGCAACAAACGUGCCCGGAAGUGCCAAAAUUAAGCAGCCAGGAUCUGCUGUGCAUUGAGCUAGCAGGAUUGUGCCAUGAUCUCGGUCACGGCCCAUUUUCGCACACUUUUGAACGUUUUCUGGACGAGGUUGGCUGCGAAGUUCGGCACGAAGAAACGUCGGUUUUGAUGUUGAAAGCUGCUGUUGACGGCAGCGAGGAUGUUCGCAAACUUUUGCAGACUGAAGGGAUUUCAGAACAGGAUUUCACUUUUAUUCAAGAACUAAUCGCUGGUCCGACACUAACUAAAGGCAAGAAAAUCAGAACAUGUACUCCGUGGCCUUUCGUCGGUCGUGGCAGAGAAAAGGCAUUUUUGUAUGAAAUCGUGGCAAAUCCUUGGAAUGGAAUCGACGUUGACAAGUGGGAUUACUUGGGUCGAGAUUGCAGGGCAACUGGAAAAAUCAACAGAUUUUCAUUUCAAACUGUCAUGGGCAGUAUAAAAGCGUUGCCCCUGGAUGACGGGCAGUGGCGUAUUUGCUUUGACGAAAGCGGUCUUUACGAACUAAUGACCAUGUUUGGUCAACGGGGCUACAUGCACCACACUGUGUAUAAUUGCUGGAAGAAAAACUCCAUUGAAAGCAUGCUGAUUGAGGCCUGGGUCGCCAUGGACAAGGUCUUUUAUCCGGCUUCGGAAAGCGGCCCCGCAACCCGGCUGUGCGAGGCGGUCAAAGACCCCGACAAGUUCCUCAACUUGACCGACGGCAUUUUGGACACCCUGAUGAAGCUGCCCUGCGACAACCCGAAUGUCCGCAAGUGCCAGGAAAUCUUGGGUAACAUUCGGGCGGGUAAUUUGUACGCGUUUGUGGGCAGCUUUUGGCUCAAACCCGGCACCAAGAUCAACUUGCACAAGGACACGGAUGGGCUGAAGAAACGCGUUUUGGAAUUGGCAACCGAGGGCAGUGAUGGGUUCGAUGCGACCAGUGCGUGGGACUGGGUUCGGGUUCACUAUUUUACGGGCACUAGGACAGAACCCGACGAGGUUUACUUGUAUUCUAAUCGGGACUUGAAGGCGAAACCCGCCAGUGAAGAUAUUUUGACGGCCUUCUUGGAGCCGAUUUACACCUAUGAUCAUGUUCAGAUUUUUGCGAGAACCGAAUGCCAACUUUCCUUGGAGGUUUUGCGGAAAGCCUUCGAAACCUUAUGCGAAGAAGAGGGGUUUCAAGUGUCUCCUCAGGGUCGCACUUGCGAAUGGGAGGAAAUCAGAGCGCCAUGAUUAUUUUCUUUCUCAAUCUUUGUAUUUUCUGAAGAAUAAAAACAUGCCCUUUCUGCUUGAA